AUGGUGAUCAUGUCUGACAUAUUUCUCCAGGAAGACAUCAACCACGUGCUACGAAACAAGUUUGUGGUGAUCAUUGGAGACUCUAUUCAGAGAGCAAUAUACAAAGAUCUUGUUCUUCUCCUUCAAAGAAACAGAUACUUGAGUGAUGCCCAGCUUAGGUCAAAGGGAGAGUUUUCCUUUGUGAAUGAUGAGUUGAUUGAAGGCGGAAAGAAAGGUAAAAUGUGUAAUGGGAAAGGUUACAGAGAGGUGAGACAGUUUCAGACAGACUACCACCUGGUACGCUUCUACUUUGUCACACGAUGUUACAACACAUACAUGGAAUCUGUCCUCUCUGACUUGUCUCAUGACCCAAAGCCCGAUCUUGUCAUCAUGAAUUCCUGCCUUUGGGACAUAAGUCGGUAUGGAGUGUCUGCAGUAGAGCAGUACAAGAAGAAUCUAGAGCGCCUCUUCACCAGGUUUGAAGAGACUCUCCCCAAAGAGUGUAUGGUAAUAUGGAAUACCACCUUGCCCAUAUCCAAGAAUGCAAAGGGGGGCUUUCUUGUACCAGAGGUGGAAUUCAUGAACAGUACUUUGAGGCUAGACAUCCUUGAAGCCAAUUUCUACGUUCGACAGAUAGCAGUUGCACACAACAUGGAUGUCCUUGAUCUACACUACUUUCUGCGUCACCAACUGCACCGCCGUGCUGAAGAUGGCAUUCACUGGGACAUGACUGCUCACCGCCGCAUGACAAAUCUUAUCAUGACACAUGUGUGUGAGGCUUGGCGAGAACAGCUCCCUGGUAGAGUGAACCAAAACAAGAAUGACAGUAAACAUUUGACAAGGACCUUGGGUCUAGACAGGGGGAAUCAGAUAGACAACAGGCGUUAUGACAACACAAGAAAAGAAAAUGGAAGAAAUGGUGGUCACAGAGGUGAAAACUUUCACCCUGACAACCGCAAUACUGAUGAGCAGAGUUUCAGAGAAAAUCAUUGGAAUGGGAACUUCACCAAUUUCUCCAUCACCAGGAACAACAAUACUGCCCAGAAUACAUACCAAGAUUAUUUGGAUGAAAUCUGCAACAACAAUAACAACUACCAUAAUGCCCGAGUUUCCUAUGAACCAAAUGCCAGGUCUAGUUUUCCUCCUGUUGAUCAUAGACCUAGAGCAUGCAGUCCUGCCAAUGUGCUACACACAUUCAAACAGAUGGCAUCAGGUGACUACCAAUGGAAACCUUACCAACAGAAUACAUAUCAGCCAUUGAGUCGAAGCAAUCCGCACUACCGACAGAUGCAGCGAGAAAAUCCGUACAGCAAUCGCUCAGUUAAGGUGGGACACACCUGGUCAUCACAUUGGUAGAACACUGUGAUUUCACUUCAUUAAAAGCUAGCAAAGUAGCUUAAAUGCUUUUGAUAUAGAUUUAGUUCAGAUGUGUACAA